UUUGCGUGGCAGGUGGAGCAGAGAUCCGCUCGAAAACUUUGAAGAGUUAAAACAUCGGAGCGAGCGCUUUUUCUUUAGCGAAUCGUGAGGAUAGGGGUCUGUUACUCUCCCAUCGCUUCGAGAAAAUUUAGAGAUUACAACAGUUAAGAAAGUCAACUUCUUUCUCGUCAACAGGUGUAGAGAGCAUAAAAGACCCUUUGUGAAGACUGGUGCAGCCACAAAGGAUUUUCUGUUCACAGAAAAUCACUUUGUGCUCUUUAAUAUACAUUUUUAGCUCUAUAUCGGCGGUCGAGCGCUCACGUUGGUGUUUUUUCCUACUGAAUUAGUUUUAAAUAUGGCCAACUCUGGGAUCCAGCUUUUAGGCUUUGCUCUGUCGCUUAUUGGCGUCAUUGGACUGAUUAUCGGCACUAUCCUCCCGCAGUGGAAGAUGUCGGCUUACAUAGGAGACAACAUCAUCACCGCAGUGGCGAUGUACCAAGGUCUUUGGAUGUCCUGCGCUUUUCAGAGCACCGGACAGAUGCAGUGCAAAGUCUACGACUCCAUUCUGCAGCUUGAUAGUGCCCUGCAGGCGACACGGGCGCUGAUGAUCGUGGGCAUCAUCGUGUCGAUAGCGGGGCUGGGCGUGGCCUGCAUGGGCAUGAAGUGCACCAACUGCGGGGGGGACGACAAAGUGCGCAAGGCCCGCGUGGCCAUGACCGGGGGCAUCGUGCUGCUGGUGGGAGCUCUUUGUGCAAUAGUGGCAUGCUCCUGGUUCGCCCACAACGUCAUCCGAGCGUUCUACAACCCCUUCACCCCGGUCAACACCAAGUUUGAGUUUGGGGCGGCCAUCUUCAUCGCCUGGGCUGGCUCAUUCCUAGACGUACUCGGGGGCGCCAUGCUCGCCGCCUCCUGCCCCAGGAGCAAACAGGUGUCCAAAUACCCCCCCAUGGCCUCUGCCCGACCUCCCAGCAGCACCAAGGAGUAUGUGUGAUCGCCCCCUGGUGGCUGUCCUCCCCCCUCAUUGGUACACUGAAGAAAGCUCUGCCUCCACACUGGGUCAAUGGCGAUGACUUUGCUUUUUAUUUUUGGUAUACUGAAAGUUUUAUUUUUUGGAUCCAGUGUAUGCCGUCUGUUACUCCUCCAUGAAAUCAUAUUUUUUACAUUUUUUAUUAUAUUUUUAUGCCCACGGGCUUUGAUUGCAUUUUGGGGCAUACCGUCAGACAUACCCAUGUGAAAAUGCAUAUUGUCCCUCUCUUUCCUCCCUUCCCUCCUCUCCAUUUCUCCGUCACUCCCU